AUGGCGUUCUUCCGCGGCAGCAACAACACCGGUGGCGGCGCCGCCGAGGACGCCCCCGGCGCAUGGCCGACGAGCAUCGGAGUGCCGGAGACGGAGGAGCUCCACCACUACUGCCUCCCCGUGCCGCUGGGCUACCGUCUUCCGCGCAACUGGAAGAUCGAUGCGGAGGGCUUUGCGACGCCGGGUCCCGACACGACGGAGGAGGAGCUCCGCAACCACAGCGGCGGCCGGCACAACAUGGAAUGCCGAAAGCGGUUUUGGUGCGGGAAGGACUAUUGGGAGGUCAUGGCGGCCUUCCGCCUUGCCGCGGCCGGCGAGACCCCCGACCUGACGGGCCGCAGCGGCCGUCUUCGCACACCGCCUCCACCGCACGAUCGCCGCAGACGUGGCGGCGGCCAUGGUGUGUACCCGGCACCGGCGCCCGCGCCGGCCGCCCCUCCCUCGCCGCCGGGGAUAGAGUUGCCGCCGGAGCAGGUCAUCCUCCGCGAGGACGGCGAUCCGGAUGACACGCCGGGGUACCACGUCGCCAUACGGGCGUCGGAGGCUGCAGCGGCGGCGGCGGAGGCGAUGGAGGCCGCCGAGAUUGCGGCCGCAAUCCAGGCGGCCGAGGCGGCGCAGCAGGCGGCGAUGGCGGCGCCGGAGUGGCAGCAGCAGGCGCCGGCGAAGGAGGAGGAGGAGGAUUCCGACGACGAUCCGGUGGACUGGGACGACCUCGCGAACCGGUCCAGCAGUGACGAUGACGGCGGCGACGGCCCCGCCGUCAUUGACCUCGUUGAUAGCCACGACGAGUAG